CCUUUGGGUGUGUACCCCACUCAACAUAACCUCUAAAGCGACGGAUGACUCUCGGUGAAAUUUGCUGUGAUUUGCCUUCAGUUUGGACUCUGUGGAAGCUACAUACUCUGCCCAGUUGUACUGAUUCAAUAACAGGCCUAAACAGGAAACGACCAUGGCUGAGGUGGUGCCCUUUGACGAUCAGCGUGACGUGGCAGAGGAUGAAUUUGGAGAUAUUAUUAAAACUCGCACCGAUGAGAGGGAAGACGUUCAGAAGAAGACUUUCUCCAAAUGGAUAAACUCUCAGUUCUCCAAGGCUGGUAAACCUCCCAUUGAAGACUUGUUCACUGACCUGUGUGAUGGUCGCCGUCUCCUUGAACUUCUGGAAUGCCUGACUAGGCAUGAACUGGUUAAGGAGAAGGGAUUCACAAGAGUCCACUCUCUUAAUAAUGUGAACAGAGCACUUCAGAUCCUGCAGAAGAACAACGUUGAGCUGGUAAACAUUGGUGGAGCUGACAUUGUUGAUGGCAAUCACAAACUUAUUCUUGGACUCAUCUGGAGUAUAAUUCUCCACUGGCAGGUUAAAGGUGUGUUGAAGGAUCUGAUGGCAGGAUUACAGCAGACCAGUAGCGAGAAGAUCCUACUGAGCUGGGUCAGGCAAUCCACUAAAGCAUAUCCACAGGUCAAUGUGCUGAAUUUCUCCAGCAGUUGGGAAGAUGGACUUGCCUUCAAUGCUCUCAUACAUAGCCACAGGCCUGAACUCUUUGAUUGGCGGGUGGUUGAGGAGAAGAGCUCAGCGUUGGACAGACUGGAAUAUGCUUUCAGCACGGCAGAAAAACAUUUGGGGAUUGACAGACUUCUGGAUCCAGAGGAUGUGGCGACCACACAUCCUGAUAAGAAGUCAAUCAUCAUGUACGUCACAUCCAUGUUCCAAGUGCUCCCACACCUUCUUACUAUGGAAGCCAUCCAGGAAGUGGACACCCUACCGGCAACACGCAUCACACAAGAGGAGCACAUACAGAGUCACAUUCAACAUCACUACUCACAGCAGAUCACCGUGAGUGUGGCAGAGGGUCGGGUGAACAGCCCAUCUUCUUCAGCUAGAUCCCAUUAUAAAAGCUAUGCCUUCACACAAGCUUCAUAUAUCCAGUCGCCUGAGCAAAAGAAGAGUCACUAUAUCGCACAGGAGUUGGGUACCCUGGGGCUGGAGACCUACCAGAGUGCCCUGGAGGAAGUGCUGACGUGGCUUCUGUCUGCUGAGGACGGCCUGCAGUCGCAGCCGCACAUUUCUACCUGUGUGGAGGAGGUCAAAGAGCAGUUCCAUACACAUGAGGGCUACAUGGUAGAGCUGACAUCUCAUCAAGGCAGUGUAGGGCAUGUGCUUCAAAUGGGGGGGCAGAUUUUGGCCGAAGGGAAGCUGACUGAGGAAGAGGAGGGAGAGGUGAGGGAGCAGAUGAACCUCCUGAACUCACGUUGGGAACACCUGAGAGUAAGCAGCAUGGAGCGUCAAAGCAGGCUCCAUGAAGUUCUGAUGGAUCUACAGCACCAGCAGCUGAAGCAACUCGCUGAUUGGCUGGAAGUCACAGAGGGCCGGAUCAAACGGAUGGGGACCCAGACACUUGGACCAGACCUGGAAAACAUUAAGCAACAAGUAGAGGAACACAAACUGCUGCAGGAGGAUCUGGAACUGGAGCAGGUGAAGGUCAACUCUCUGACUCAUAUGGUCGUGGUUGUGGACGAGACGAGUGGAGAUCACGCCACUGCUGCGUUGGAGGAGAAGCUGAAGCAUCUUGGGGACCGCUGGGCGGCCAUCUGUAGGUGGACUGAAGAACGUUGGGUCCUUCUACAGGAAGUCCUUCUGAAGUGGCAGGAUUUCACAGAAGAACAGGGUGUAUUUGAAGUAUGGUUGAUGCAGAAGGAACAACAGGUGAACAUUUACAGAAAAUCGGAUCCGCAGAGUGACGCCCCAACACGACUCCGAAACCUUGCUCUGCUGAAGGCAGAACUGGAGUUGAAGCAGCACUCUCUGGAGCAUCUCCGCUCUCUGAGCCAGGGCCUCAUCUUCAGUGUGAAGAACAAGGAGGUGGCCCAGAAGGUGGACGCACGGCUAGAGAACUUUAACCAACGCUGGUACGACCUUCAACAACUGCUGGAGAAAAGCAGUACACAGACUUCCUCCUCCGUCACCACGUCACAGACAGAGGUAAAGCAAACUGUGAUGGCAUCUGUAACCAAGGUUACGACUCGUGAGAAGGUCAUGAUGAAAUACACGAAGGACAAGAUGCCCUCCUCUCCACCCCAGAAGAAAAGACAGAUUGUAGUUGACGCUGAGCUCCAGAAACGCUUUGACAUGGACUUCACUGAGAUCCACAGCUUCAUCACUCGAGCAGAGGCCAUUCUCAAAAGCCCAGAGUUCUCUGUGUCCCGCAAAGACGGAAAUUUUGCAGACCUUCAAGAUAAAGUGCUGGCAAUAGAAAGAGAGAGACCAGACAAGUUCCGGAAGCUUCAAGAAGCCACACGGUCAGCUCAGGCGCUCAUGGAUCAACAUGAUGGAGGUGGUGCCAUAACAGAGGAUAUCUACCUAGCAGCCCAACAGCUGAGCAGUCGCUGGGAGGCAUUCUGUGCCCUGCUGGUUGAGCGCCUGGCCUGGCUGGACUAUCAGAGCCGUAUUCUGGCCUUCUACAAUCUGUAUCAGCAACUGGAGCAAAGUGUGAUUUCUGCAGACAGCUGGAUCAGGUCGACGCCACUGCCCCCCAGUGAACCUGAGCCAAUCAGAAAUCAGCUGGACCGUUGCAGGGAUGAGAUUGCACGUCUCACUGCUCUGGAGCCGUCUUUGGGUCAGCUGGAGAACCAGUUAGCUGAACUGAAAGGCACUGGGAUGUCUGAGGAGCCGGUCUUCUUUGACACAGAUGUGCCGAGUCUAACUGAGCAUUUCUACGAGGUUCUGGAGGAGCUGCGCAAACGUGAAAGACAGUUAAUUUUGGUGCAGGAGAGUUUGCCCCCUGCACGCUACAAGGAAACUGUGUCGACUCUUCUGUCCUGGCUGCAGCAGUGUGAGGCGAAGCUUGCUGCCCCAUCAGCUGCUGUUACAGAACUGCCAAUCAUGGAUCAACGACUCAAAGAUGUACAGGGGCUCAAGAGUACUCUGCAGGACCACCAGAAAGAGGUGGACUAUCUGACGUGUACCGUGGAGCAGGUGUUCCAGAAAGCUCCUCCAGAGAUGUGUCAACGCUAUCGCCAUGAGAUGGAUGCAAUCAUGACCCGCUGGAAAGGCUUGAGUGCGCAGCUGGAUGAGCACUCAAGCAAGAUACAGGGGCACAUAGACAAGCUCUCACAGUUCCAGAAUGACACUCAGACACUGUGUAAAUGGAUGGCUGAAGUGGAGGUGUUCUUGAAUGAAGAGUGGCCAGCGCUGGGAGAUUCUGAGGCUCUGCAGAAGCAGCUCGAGCAAUGCACUGCAUUAGUGAAUGACAUCCAAACCAUCCAGCCGAGUGUGAACGGCAUUAAUGACGUGGGCCAGACCCUGAAGAGUGAGGCAGAACCUCCGUUUGCUGCUAAACUGACUAAAGAACUGGAUGAGCUGAACACACAGUGGGAGAACAUUUGCAAACAGGCAUAUGCAAAGAAAUCGGCCCUUAAAGGGGGUCUUGAUAAGACCGUGAGCCUACGGAAGGAGAUGCAGGAGAUGCAGGAGUGGAUCACGCAAGCAGAGGAGGACUAUUUGGAGAGGGACUUUCAGUACAAGAGCCCUGAAGAGUUACACAAAGGCGUGGAAGAGUUGAAGAGGGCGCAAGAGGAAGUGAAUCAGAAGGAACAGAAGGUGAACUUGUUGACAGACAAGGUGAACAGCUUCAUUGCUAAAGCUCCUCCGGCUGCCCAUGACUCCUUGAAGGCAGAGUUAGACAUCCUGACGGGAAACUACCAGCAUCUGUGCAGUCGCCUUAAUGGCAAAAGCAAGACAUUGCAGGAAGUAUGGGCCUGCUGGUGUGAGCUGCUGGCAUACUUACAGCAGGAGAACAGCUGGCUGGAUGAGCUGGAGAAGAAGCUGGAUGAGCUGGAGAACAUCGAAGGAGGAGUGGAGGAGCUCACAGAGGCGCUGGAGGGUCUGGAGCUGUUUGUGCGGGACCACCCAGACGAGGGACGCACGCAGAUCCAAGAGCUCUCUCAGACACUGAUCGAUGGCGGGGUGAUGGACGAACUCAUCUCACACAAACUGGAGGCGUUCAACACCCGCUGGGAUGAGUUGAUGCAGAGGAGUGUAUAUCGUCAGCAGGAGCUUGAACGGCGUCUUCAGUGGGCCCAGGAGAAUGAUAAGACUCUGCAAAGAAUCAAUGAUUCUCUUAACACCACGGACCGACACCUUACUGCUUACCUCAACGAUCAUAUUGAUGCUGCACAGAUUCCACAGGAGGCACAGAAAAUCCAGACAGACCUGGCAGAGCAUGAGGUGAUUCUGAAUGACAUGGAGACGAGGCUGAAAGAUGCAGAGUUCUCCGAGUGCAUCAAAGGACAUCUGGAUGCUACAUAUAAAAAGCUGCAUGAGGUAAACGCCAAAUUUAGGUUGUUCCAGAAGCCGGCCAACUUUGACCAAAGACUCCUGGAGUGUGAGAAUGCCCUCGCCGCGGUCAAGGCACAGUCCGGUGUGUUUGCAGUCCGCAGCAUUGAACAGGACGUGUUGCAAGCACAGCUGGAUGAGUGCAUGAAGCUGUAUAAAAGUCUGAGCGAGGUAAAAGGAGAGGUGGAAGGAGUGAUUAAGGCCGGGAGGCAGGUGGUGCAGCGGCAGCAGACGGAGAAACCCAAAGAACUCGAUGAACGUCUUACAGCACUCAAGCUGCUAUACAACCAGCUGGGAGCACAGGUGACGGAAGGAAAGCAAGGGCUUGAGAAGAGUCUGAAGUUGUCAAGGAAACUGCGUAAGGAGUUGAACUGCCUGACGGAGUGGCUGGCGGCCACGGAUGCUGAGCUUACACAUCGCUCAGCGGUGGAUGGGAUGCCCCGAGACCUGGACGCAGAAUUGGCCUGGGCGAAGGCAACCCAUCAUGAGACAGAACAGAAGCAACCUCAGCUGGCUGUGGUGCGUGAGCUGGCAGAGGCCCUGAAGACCGUGUUAAAGGAUCAGGAGUGUCUGGUAGAGGAUAAGGUCAGCCUGCUUAACUGCAACUGGAUUGCUGUCACAUCACGAAGUGAGGAGUGGCUUAAUCUGCUACAGGACUAUCAGAGACAGAUGUCUGUUCUGGAGGGGAGCAUGGCGGAGAUCACUGCUUGGAUGGAACAAGCUGAGAAACAAAUGGACGAGUCGGAGCUGCAGGGUGGUGAUGAGCAUCAAUUCACGAAAUUGCGUAUGGAACUGGAUGACAUGCAUGGAAAAGUAGAGGCUUGCAAUGACCUCGCUGAUGACCUGAUCAAAAAUCAUGGCGAACACUGUCAGGCUACAGUGCAACCCAAAGUGGAUCAGCUUAAUCAACACUUUGAUGCUGUUGCUCAGAGAAUUACUGAUGGACAGGUGUCGGCUCGGGAGCUGGAGCAGUAUCACAGUGAGGCGCUGAUUUGGAUAAAUCUGUUGGAAGAAGAGGUGGAAUAUGGAGAAAAUCUGAAAGAAGAGGACUUUCAGGAGGAUAUGGAAUAUGAGGACGGGGCUGUGCAGGAACUAUUACUGAAAGGACAGCGUUUGCAAAAGAGAGUGACAGACCAGGAUCGCAGAGAAGCUGUCCGCAACAAACACACACAGCUCAGCAACAAAUAUGACACUGUGAAGGAUCUGCGACUGGUGAGGAAGCACAAAGCCCUUGCCAUUGCUCCUCAGUGGUAUCAGUACCGCAGACAAUCACACGACCUGCUCCAGUGGUUGGAUAAUAUUGAGAGAACAGUGGCAGAGUUUCCUGAUCCACCUGAAGCGUCAAGGGUGAAGGAGGUUGGCAGUGCACUGGAUCAGAAACAAAAGGAUCUAUUUGAUGUCUCUGAGCUGGGAGGCGUGCUGUCACAAGCAGGUGCAGCCAGGCUGGUGGAGCCCAGUCUCCUCCGGCUCAACAGGCGCUGGGAGGAGGUGGAGCUUAAGUUUGCUCCAUUCCGCCGCCAGAUUGAGCUUCAUGACCUGCUGCAGACAAUUGCUGAGACAGAUGCCAUGUUGAAUUCACCCGAACACUGGAGGGCGCCGUUCUACCGCUUGGAGAAACAGGAGAAAUGCCUAGAGGAGGUGAAACUUAUUCUUAAAAAGUUGGAGAGUCCUGUGGCUGUGGCUUUGGAGAGGAAAGGGGUGGAUAUUGGGACUGCCACUGCCCACGAGAAUGACCUUCACCAUCUUCUGUCUGUCAACUGGGACAACCUUAAUAAAUUGUACCUGGACAGACUAGCGUGUUUUGAGUCCUCCAGCAUGAAAUGGCAGCGAUAUACUGAGGAACAUAAAACCAUUGAUGACUGGCUAUGUGAUGCUGAGCAGACACUGAUCAAGGCUGAACAUGAACCCACCCCCCAAAUAAGGGACAAAAUGAAGGUAUUACAGGAUGAGGUAGGAGGCAGGCAAGAGACAAUAACAUCCCUGUGUGCCCUGGGAGGGGAGAUCUGUGGGCAGAGCCUUCCAGAGGACUCGGUGCCCUUACAACAACAACUGAAUGACAUCAAUGCACGCUGGGAUAACAUCGUCUUUAAAAUCAGUGAGAAGAAGAGAAGAUCCACAGACUUGCAGAAUACCAUUUUAGAGAUUCAGACGGAUCUUGAGGACUUCUUGUCCUGGAUAGACAAGGCAGAGGGCGUUGUGAGAGAACCCCUUCAUCCUGACGACUGUGAACAGCUCACUGGUGUGCUGCAGAGAGCCCAGGGAUGUUUGAGUGAUCUACCCAGAAGGAGAGCAUCGCUGGAAGAUAUUCAGCUCCGUGCAUCCUCACUGCCCAUAGAUCGUAGGCAACCGCUACAGACCAACCUCGUCACUGUACUCUCACGCUGGGAUCAGGUGUCUGUAGCUCUACCAGAGCGUGUUUCUGAGAUCGAGAGGCUGCUGCGGGAGCACGGUGUGUAUCAGAAGCAACUGAAUGAACUCUCCUUGUGGGCGUCUAAAACUCGAACAACGCUAGAGAGCAACCCAGAUGCUGUGGACCCGAAGACUGAAGACGAGGUCAAGAUAAAAAAGCCUGAAGUGGAAACAUUUCUGGCCAAAACUCGCCCCUCUUGGCAGCCCGAGCAGCAACAGUAUGACGGCCUCGCCACCGACUGGAACUCCAUUCAAAUCCUACUGCAUGACUGGAGAGAUAAAUGCAAUGUUGUGGCCUGUGAGAAUUUGACUGGCAGUGCUCAGGCGGACAUGCCGACUUUGAAUCAGUUCGAGCAAGCCUUGAAAGAACUCUCUGAUUGGUUGUCACUUCUUGAUCACAUGGUACAGAACAACAGGGUCACUGUGGGUGACACGGAUCAAAUUAAUCAAAUGAUUGUCAAGCAGAAGGAAAAUCUACAGACCCUGGAGGAGAGAUGCCAUCAAUUGGAUUCUCAGAUCACUACAGCGCAGAACCUAAAGAACAAAACCACCUCUCAGGAGACGCGCUGUGCCAUCACUGACCACAUCGAUAGGUUACAGGCCCACUGGGAAGAAUCGCAUCGCCGCUUGACUGAAAGAAUUGCGGAGCUGCAGAGGAUGUCACAGGAUUCAUAUGCAUGGCUCGGUGCCAAGGAGGAGGUGGAGCUGCACUUGAAACAAGCCCAUGACCAUAUAGAGGCUUGGAAGGACAUUCCUUACACAGUGGAUGUGCUAAAGACCCAAAACAGUGAACUCAAGCUCUUUGUGAAGGCGCUGCAGCAGUGGAAGCCAAAAGUGGAUGAGACCAAUCAGCUUGCACAAAAGCUAAUCACACUCUACGCUAGUGACGACACUCACAAAGUCAAACAGCUAAGUGAUAGCGUCAACAUGAGUCUUUCCGGCAUCAACAAGCGUGUUGGUGAUCGGGAGGCAGCUCUGGAGGCGGCGUUUAGGUUUCUUCAACAGUUCUAUCUGGAUCUGGAACAUUUCUCUAACUGGCUCACGGAGGCUGAGACUACAGCCAAUGUGCUGCAAGAUGCCACACACAAGGAGCAACAGCCAACCUCACAGCGCUAUCUCCUUGAACAAUUGCAGGACUUGCAAGGGGAAGUGGAGGAGCACACAGAACAGUUCCACACCCUGGAUGAGAAUGGCAAGCGUGUCGUGGGCUCUCUGCAUCACUCUGAUGAUGCUCUGCUGCUGCAGAGACGUCUGGAGAACAUGAACCAACGCUGGAAUGAACUGAGGAACAAAACUCUAAGCAUGAGGCCUUAUCUGGAUGUGAAUGUUCAAACAUGGAGACAGCUACACCUGAAUCUACAGGAUCUGCUAAUAUGGCUCCAGCAGAAACAGCGUGAAUUAAACCAGCAGAAACCAGUGGGCAGUGAUAUACCUACUCUCCAGCAGCAACAGGAUAAGCACAGGGAAUUACAUUUUGAGGUCCGAGAGAAGGAGCCAGUGGUGAUCUCCUCACUGGAGGGCGUCAAAGCUUUCCUGUCUGAGCAGCCAAGCGCAGAACCCCAGGCGUCUGAUCUGAGGGAAGUAUCUCCCGAGGACCGAGCUCAGAAUGUUGGCCGUGUUCUACAAAAGGAAAUGUGUGAUGUAGAAUCAGAGUGGGCCAGACUUCAAGGAGCUUUGAUUGAUUGGCAGCAGACACUGGAGCAUCGGCUACAGCGCUUGCUAGAGCUAUAUAAAACAGAGGAGCACCUAGAGAUUCAGCUCAAACAGGCAGAGAUGGUGAAAGAAUCAUGGGAUCCUGUUGGGGACCUGCUCAUCCACUCACUCCAGGAACACAUCGAUAGCGUUAAGGUCUUUCAGGAACAGAUUGAACCAAUCCAGGAUGACAUCAGUCUGGCUAACGCUCUUGCAGCGAGCUUUGAACCUCCAGAUGUACUCUCGCAAGUUGAUCUGGAACGGCUGGAUAACCUUAAUACAAGAUGGAGGCUACUUCAAAUAUCUAUAGAAGAACAUCUGUCUCAACUUACAGAUGCGCAGAAGGACUUCGUUGCUAAUAUGCAUUCCUCUGUGAGCAGCCCAUUCCAACAGCAAGUUUCACCAAGCAAUGUGCCAUACUACAUCAACCACCAGACGCAAACAACGAGUUGGGAUCAUCCCCAGAUGUCCGAACUCUACCAGUCUUUGGCGGACCUGAACAAUGUGCGCUUCUCUGCCUACCGAACAGCCAUGAAGUUAAGGCGUCUUCAGAAAGCCCUGUGCUUGGAUCUGCUGGGGAUGUCGACGGCAGUGGAGGCCUUUGAGCAACAGGGACUGAGGCAGAACGAGCAGCUGGUAGACGUGGUUCAGCUGGGGUCCUGUCUCACCAACAUCUAUACCCGACUGGAGAAGCAGUACAGCAGCCUGGUCAAUGUACCGCUCUGUGUGGACAUGUGUUUAAAUUGGCUGCUCAACGUCUACGACAUUGGCAGAAGUGGUAAGAUAAGAGCGCUGUCGUUGAAGACCGGCAUCAUCUCCCUCUGCAAAGCGCAUCUAGAGGACAAAUACAGAUUUCUCUUCAGACAAGUUGCCAGUGUGACAGGAUUCUGUGAUCAGAGGAGGUUGGGUCUCCUGCUCCACGACUCCAUCCAGAUCCCACGGCAGCUCGGGGAGGUCGCAGCGUUUGGUGGUAGCAACAUCGAGCCGAGUGUCAGGAGCUGCUUCCAGUUUGCAAAUAAUAAGCCAGAGUUGGAAGCUGCGGUGUUUCUGGAUUGGAUGAGGCUGGAGCCGCAGUCUAUGGUGUGGCUACCAGUGUUACACCGUGUGGCUGCUGCUGAGACCGCCAAACACCAGGCCAAGUGCAAUAUAUGCAAAGAGUGUCCCAUCAUUGGUUUCAGAUAUCGAAGCUUAAAGCACUUCAAUUAUGAUAUCUGCCAAAGUUGCUUUUUCUCUGGAAGAGUCGCCAAAGGCCACAAGAUGCAGUAUCCUAUGGUGGAGUACUGCACACCGACAACAUCAGGAGAAGAUGUUCGAGACUUUGCAAAGGUGCUGAAGAACAAAUUCAGAACAAAGCGCUAUUUUGCCAAGCACCCACGUAUGGGUUAUUUACCUGUUCAAACUGUACUUGAGGGAGACAACAUGGAAACUCCUGUUACCCUUAUCAACAUCUGGCCUGUAGAGCAUGCUCUUACGUCCUCACCUCAGCUCUCUCACGAUGACACCCAUUCACGGAUUGAGCAUUAUGCCAGCAGAUUAGCAGAAAUGGAAAACAGAAACGGCACGUAUUUGACCGACAACAUAUCACCCAAUGAGAGCAUGGAUGAUGAGCACCUGUUGAUUCAGCACUACUGCCAAAGCCUGAACACAGGCUCGUCACCUUCCCAGCCCCGCAGCCCCGCCCAAAUACUCAUUUCCAUGGAGACGGAGGAGAAGGGAGAGUUGGAGAAAGUCUUGAAUGAUUUGGAGCAAGAAAACAGGAAACUACAAUCCGAAUAUGAUCGUCUUAAAAAAGCCCAUGACCGUCAAGGUCUUGCACCACUGCCGUCACCCCCCGAGAUGAUGCCAGUGUCCCCACAGAGCCCCCGCGACGCUGAGCUGAUUGCUGAGGCCAAACUCCUGCGUCAGCACAAGGGUCGUCUUGAGGCACGCAUGCAGAUUCUAGAGGAUCACAACAAACAGCUGGAAUCUCAACUGCAUCGCCUCCGACAACUACUGGAGCAGCCACAGACGGAGUCCAAGGCGAACGGCACUGCUCUCUCCUCCCCCUCCACAUCCUCGCAGCGCUCCGACUGCAGUCUCCCCCUCCUGCGAGUAGCAGCCAGCCAGACUACUGAUACUAUGGGUGAUGAUGAUUUGUCAAGUCCAUCACAAGAUGCAAGUUCGGGGCUGGGGGAGGCGAUGGAGCAGCUGGGCAGCACUUUUCCUCACAGCCAGGGUGUGUUUGUUGGUAGUCUGUUUCACAUGGCAGAUGAUGUGGGCCGUGCAAUGGAGUCCCUGGUCAAUAUGAUGACCGAUGAUGUGGGCAACUGACUGACAUUGGCCUCCCGUGCAUGCUUUUUUUAGACUAAACCAAUUAAAAUGGACAUGUUUACAAGGAAGAAAAUCAAUAUGAAUCUAUUUUUGCUGAGUGAUCUUGGUUCCAACACUUGUAGAUUUCAGUAGUUUCUUACAGUAAAUUGUUUUAUUAACAAAGACAGGUUUUAAACUUCUAUGCAAUUGUUUAAAAAAAAAUCUGAAUCUUGUCAAUGUACUGGCUAUUUCUUUCUAUGAAACAUAUUUCAAACAUUUGUAUUGAUUAAAAAGAGUGAUUGUAAACAUAAGGGUGCUUUAUGGAAGACAAACAAAUGAAUUAGUAAGUGAACUACAUAUUCAUCACAUGCAUACUAAAAGGCAAGAUGGUUAUCUCAAAUCAUUUGUGAGUGCCACUAUGUUUCUAUGGAUUCGGUACAUUUCCUGAAGGUAGUAAUAAGAAAAGAAAAAAUGUUUUGAACUUUUUAUAUAAAACACUGAUACCGUUAAAAAUGUCAUUCUUUUAUUUAAUUUAUUAUAAAAUGAAAGGUUGUUUAAUUCAGUCAAUGUCCACUGGAAUUACCGUACGAUACAUUUCUGAGAUUUCAAUCUAAACAAUAUGCUCUGCAUCUCCAUCAAACAUGGUUUCACUAUUUGAGCACUGGAGGGUAUGAUUGUAUUGUUUUUGUGACUGAACACCUUUUUACUCUUGGUGUUUUAUUUAUGAGUGUUCUCUCCAUCAUUAACACUAAUUCAUGAUGUUAGCUGCUGAUAUUUUUAUAAUAGCAUCAAAGAAGGUUUUAACAGGAUAAAUAUGAGUGAAAAUCAAAUGUCUUGUGCUAUGCAUAGUAAAUGAUUAUUAAUAGUCUUCAUUAUGAGAUGGGAACUCAUCCGUCUGGGUCAAGAAUGUGGAUAGUCUUCUGAUUGUUAGUGAUCUGUUAGUUGGCGACUGUGUCUCCACAGUACUGACUGAUGUUCAAAAGGUGCUUAAGUGAACAAACGAUUAAUGAUAAGGUUACGGAUCAGUCACCCUCCUGCACAGUAUUUUGUGCAUGCCUAAAGGCUGAACAAAAACAAGCACAUUUUAGAAUAGUUUUUCAUUCAUUUUUGCACACUGUUUUAGUCCAUGUCUUAGUAUUGAUACUUUUUGUUUUAGUGAAAGUGCUUUAUCUAUAUUUUAGUUUUUUGCUUUAUUGGGGGGGGGACAUAUUUUGUGAAAUCACUGGUGACGGACAUGGAAAGAAUAACCCCAUUUUCACAUUAAAGUGUUUGAACCAUGGUAUUCCGCAUGUUUGAAAAGUAACUUAUAUAGAGGAUGCUUUUUUAUUUUUCACUUAACUUUUGACAUUUUGACUUUCCUAACAUCAGAUUUGCCUUACUGUUGUACUCUUAAUGCUUUACUGUGUACCUCAAUAAAGCAUGACACUCUGGCAUAUA